AUGCAAUUGUUCUCUAUUAGUACAUGCCUUUUUUAAGACUUGAAAUUAUUAGUAUUAUUUACCUUCUAGUAAAAUAAAGAGAAAAUAUGGAACUCCAUUCCUUGCCCAUCUACCACCGUCUCCAAAUCAUUUUCUUUACUCUCUUGUCGACCACCUUCCUCCUCCAUGCCACCCACCCUAUCGCCAUCGUACUCAUCCGUUUCCUCACCACGAACCUUGUCAUAACCGCCACCAUGACUCUCUCUAUCACCUUUCUCCUUUUCCUCCAUUUUCGAUCUCGCCCAUACCCCGUAUACCUUCUCAACUACUCUUGUUUCCAACCUCCAUCUCAUCGAAAAUGUACUUAUGAACUAGCUAAUGAUUUUGUGCUCCAUCAAAGUCGCUUCACAACACCCGAACCGGUCGAUUUCAUGAGAAAUAUAUACUUAAAAUCCGGGCUAGGUAAUGAAACAUAUGGACCACCUUUUAUGUUUGAGAAAGAUCAAACACCAACUAUGAAAAAUGCCUUGCAAGAAGCCGAGGAAGGCAUUUUGUCAGCCGUCGAUUCCCUUCUGUUGAAAACCCUAAUUUCAACAGAGGAAAUCGACGUUGUUAUUGUUACAUGUGGAGGGUUUUCACCCUCCCCAUCUCUUUCAUCUCUUAUUGUAAAUCAUUAUAAACUCAGAUCCGACGUGAAAACAUAUAAUCUUAGUGGAAUGGGGUGUAGUUCUGGCGUCCUUUCUAUUGAUUUAGCUUACCGGUUGUUACGUGGAAGUGGCCGGAAAAUCAAGAAUGCCCUCGUUGUUAUAACGGAGAGCAUUACAUUAAACUGGUAUGAUGGUGAAGAAAGGUCAAUGCUUGUAGGAAAUUGCAUAUUUCGGGUUGGUUGUGCUGCGGCCCUAAUCACUAACGACCCAUCUCGCCGUUCAUCGUCAAAAAUGGAGCUAACUCAUUGUCUAAGAACUCACCAUGGUGCCGAUGACUCAGCCUAUCAUGCUGCAUUCCAAGAGGAAGACAACAAAGGCAUAACUGGCGUUUCGCUGACCAAAGACUUGAUCAGAGUUGCCGGAGUAAACCUCCGGCAACACAUCAAGAUCCUUGCUCCCCGAGUUUUGCCACUAACCCAACUCCUGGGUUACGCUUACUCGGGGGUGGCAAAUGCAGUCUCGGGCGGGCAAAUGAAGCCCAUUAUGCCGGAUUUUACUACGGCAUUUGAGCAUAUAUGUGUGCAUACAGGAGGAAAGGCAGUGAUUGAGCAAGUUGCACGAGUUAUGAAAUUUAGUGACUCGGUGACAGAACCGGCCCGAAUGAGUCUGAACCGGUUUGGGAAUACUUCAAGUAGUUUAGUGUUUUAUGAGUUAGCUUAUUUUGAAGCUAAAGGGAGGGUUAAAAAAGGUGAUAAAAUGUGGAUGUUAGCUUUUGGAACCGGGUUUAAAGUUGGAAGUUUAGUGUGGAAAUGGGUCAAGGAUCCUAAACCCGAAUAUGAUAAUCCAUGGAAUGAUUCCAUAGACCGAUACCCAGUGAAAAUGUGAUGGUAAAUUUUUGUUACCAAAGGUUAUAUAUUGUGUUAGAAGUUACUAUAGAAAUAAAGGAAAGAAAAAAAGAACCGUCAAUAGGUGAUAAUUACUUAUUGUGAUUUUUAUGUUUAUAGAUUUGGCAAUACAACAUUAAUA